AUCGUCAACUUCUCUAACAUUCAAAAAUUACAUGCACAUGCACGAUUACUAUGGAGAACUUCCUACGUGGUCACCAGGUCUAAUGCAACAGCUAGAUGGCUACCAAUAUCCAUGCAAUAUUCAAGAGUACGAUGCUGGUUACCCAACUUCUGCUAUGACUACUGGAUCCACCGCAAACAAAAGAGAUGAUAUAGAAGACUCCGAAACUGAUAUCCCUAGGACCUCCGCUGAAGUUGAAGAAAGCGGAAAAGAUAGAGCUGAUGGUAUGGAAACCACCACGGAUGUCGUUGCCGAGACAGCUCAGUUAGAUGAUGGAGUUGCUGAUGGCUCAGCCAAGAACCUCCAUCAAGAACAUGCACUGGUUCCAAUGUUAUUCCUUCGAUACCGAAGACAGCUACAUGUGCGGGUUCACAGAAAGUACUCAGUCCGCUAGUAGUAAGAGGGAAAGACAGACCACCAUCUCUGAGGAGAGCAUCGAUAAUGGAAAAAGAGAUGCAGAAAGUUAAAGCGAAGGCGAAGAAUGCAACAGUCAAGGGAAAACGG